AAAACACAAACAUGGUGAAGAAUAAACAAUCAGGACGGCGUCUCAUUUGCACCAAGCCUGCAAAGAGUGAGUCUCAGACCGCCAGCAGCAAAGACCAGACUCUGCUGGACCAACCAGGGGACGGUGUCACACCUGCUGCCCCACCAGAACCUCAGAUCACCAGUCGGAGUCAGCAGGGCUUCCCCGACAGAGUCUACCUGCUGGCAUCGGUCAUCUUCCAGAACAACCACCUAGAGAAGCCCGCUGCUCAACGAUUGGUAAACUACAGCACAGACAGGCGGCUCCCGCUGCCUAAGGUCAAGUAUGAGGAGAUGCAACGAACAGCUUAUGAGCUGGCAUUCAAUACGCUUAAAUAUCAAGAGUUGCUGGAGGAUCUUAUGAUCAACAGCCACUUUUAUCUCACUCAACCAGUGCCAGAAGAUCAGAUGAGCCUUGUCGCCGUCAUGCUCUUUGACUUCCAGGACAGGAAGUUUCUCCCCCGGAAGCGCCAGGGCAAGGAGGAGGUCAUUCAGGAAGUUAGAGACGCGGAGAAUUUUCUUAUUAGAUUCAAAACCAAGCUGGCAGCCUCUCUGGCCCGCUGCAGGGUCAAACACAACCUCUCAUCCAUUGAAUCCAUCCUGCCAGAGAGUGUGAGAACGAAGCAGAAGAUGUCAGCCAACUUGCCUCUUUAUGCAUGGGUCAACACACUGAAGUGCAGUCGUGAUGAGGUCCAACGUGUACUGAGGAAUGCAGGCUUCUCGCAAGUGAAAUCCAUUGGACAAUUGGAGGGCCAGGCUUUCUUCCAGGAUCCCCACUGUGGGGACACUCUGGUGUUCCCAGCUCAGCCGAAAGCUCAGCUGUACUCCACAAAACUGCUUCGUGACCAUAAGCUCAUCCUCCAGGAUAAGUCUUGCAGUCUUGGCCCAAACGCAGCCUGCGCCCUCUUACAAGAGGAAGGAGACAUUCUUAUGGUGGGCUGCUUCUCUGGCCUUACUGUGUCCCACAUGGCCUCCCUCAUUGUAGAAAAACAUAAAUCCACCAACAGCAACCAGCCGACAGUCUACGUUUGUGUCAGCAAUUGCACGGAUGCUCAGCGGGAGGAGCUUCAGCACACGAUCUCCACCAUGGGCUGCGACAACGUGAAGCUGAUACAGGAGGUCUUCCAGUCUUUGGAUGGUGGUGAUAAGAGACUUCAAAAGGUGCGCGUUAUCCUGUUGAUCCCCAGGUGUUCUGUGUCUGCAGUCAGCAACCCUGUGGAUUUCAUGCUGCAGGAAAAUGGAGACAUGGGCCUCCUACAGGACCUAUCACGUGGUUUCAUAGCCCAGAGCAAACUGGAGUCACUGGUUGCGCAGCAGAGGAAAGAUAUCGAUCAUGCCUUGAAGUUUCACAUGGUUUUGGCGGUAGUGUACUCCACCUGUUCAUCAUACCCAGAAGAGAACGUGAACGUAGUAAACAUGGCCCUGCAGACAGCCAAAGCCUGCUCGGACCAGAAGGGGGAACCAAAACAGUCAAACUUCAGGCCAAGUCCAUCCCCUUUCAGCUCAUCUGACCGUGGGGAGGCCACAGUGGAAGCACAGCCAUUCUUUGUGUUGGAGCCCUCCAAGCACAGCAACGGCUGCUUUUUGGCUGUUCUUAAGAGAGAGCCUGAGCCAGUGAUUCAAGAGGCAGCAGAGGAAGUGAUCGCAAGAGCAAACGCCAAAGGUAUCCUGGACAGAAUUGGCUCCAACCAGCUGCCCAGUAAAGAACAUGGUGGGAGCGCCAGCAGGAUGAAGAAAACAGCUCAGUCUCACCCAAACGUCUCUGUCAGAGUGCAGAGCAAACAACAACCAAUCAAAGGAGGCACAAAUGCUCCAGUCUGUGGAGAUCUAGGCUUCCAGCGGUCAAAAGAGAAACCCAAAGCAUUUUGUUUGCGACCUGCAUUCAGUUUCAUCAGUUACUCCAAGAAGGCAGGCCCUCCCUUCUCCAACAAAACUGACAAAAACACAUCAACCAAAAACUCCACCUCCAUUUCUAACUCUUCAUCUUCCACCUCAUCUACUCUGGAUCCUCCCUCCAGCCCUGUGGCUCAGACUGACCAUCCCCGUAGAGCCCGACAGGAAGUGUUGAAGCCUGUGGUGCUCGUCCUGCCUCGCAUUCACUUCCCCGACCCCUGCCUACCCCAGCACAGUCAACCAAGAACCAACCCCAGCUUCAACAGGUGCAAGACAUCAACUCAGUUUACAUCCCGUGGUCUCGCCAGUGACACUUCGGAUAAGCGUCGCCCUCUGUUUUAA